CAACGACGACGUCUAAGUUCAGUUUCUUCUGUUCACAAAACGCAAAGCGGACGGAGCUCCGCGUAAACGGUGUUUCGAUUCUGCGCGACGGUUAAGCGAGAAUAUUUAAGUUUUAAUUAAUAAACGAAGCACACGAACACAUACAUAUAUACGUGCAUGUAAAGAAGAAAUUCUAAUUGAGCUUCAAGUUGAUAAAUGUAAAAGAAAAAAUUAAAACAAUUGUGCAGAAGAAGUCACUUGAAUUUAGUGUCGCGUCUGUUGUGCAGCGAAUUAAAGAUAAGAAAAUAUAGUUUAUUUUUUUUUUAAGAAAUAAAAGCGUGCCAAAGCUACGUGGAAGCAAUUCAUUGAAAAUACUUAGUCUAUAUUUGGAAAAGGAGUACAAGUUUGCAAGAGUUUUUUGUAAAGCAGAAAAAAUCAACGCAAACCCGUGGAUUAAAGGAGUAUUAUUGUUAAAAUAAAAACACCAAAGCACACACUCUUAGUCACAAAAUGGUUUCAAUACUUAAGAAGCUAAGCGGCUUUUACAAUGUCUACGUUUUGGCCGUGCUUACAGUUGGCUAUAUACUUGGUGAACUGGGCCAUUAUCUCAUCGGUGUAACAUCCAAACAGACCGCCAUUGAAUUGGAUUAUGGCGACAAAGCUUGCCAGCAGAAUAAUACAAAUUUCAAUCGCUUCGAGCUACCACAGCAAUGUUCAGUCGUAAAAGAAGAGAAUAGCUGUCUCGCAUUGGCUUUAAAUGAUACUGCGUACUGUGAAUGGAAUUACAAUGGCUUGGGUAUUGAUUAUCAAAUACUUGCUGGUCCCACCUUCAUCUUGGUCUUCACUAUUGCUGGUGUUUUCAUGGGUUUCGCCGCUGAUAAAUAUAAUCGUGUCAAAAUGUUAACAGUUUGUACGCUAAUCUUUGCCGUUGCAAUAAUUUUACAAGGUACUGUGAGCGCUUACUGGCAGUUGGUGCUAUUGCGUAUGGUCAUGGCUUUAGGUGAGUCUGGUUGUAAUCCGCUAGCCACAGGUAUUAUGUCGGAUAUAUUCCCCGAAAAUAAACGCGCACUUGUCAUGGCCAUUUUCAAUUGGGGCAUUUACGGUGGAUACGGUAUUGCCUUCCCCGUGGGUCGCUACAUUACCAAAUCGAAUUUCUUCAAUCUGGGCUGGCGUGUGUGUUAUCUGGGUACUGGCGUAUUAGCGGUGCUACUGGCUGCGCUAACUGGCACCACACUUAAGGAACCUGAACGCAAAGCAAUUGGCGAGGGCGAUCGCACCAAAGAUGGCAAGAAAAUUGGCUUGUGGAAAGUGCUAGCCAAUCCUGCCAUGAUUAUGUUGAUGAUUGCUGCUUCCAUACGUCACUCCGGUGGCAUGACUUUCGCCUAUAACGCGGAUCUAUACUACAACACUUACUUCCCAGACGUGGAUCUCGGUUGGUGGUUGUUUGCUGUUACUAUUGGUAUUGGCAGUAUUGGCGUUGUUGUGGGUGGUGUUGUCUCCGAUAAGAUUGUGGCUAAAAUGGGUAUACGUUCACGCGCCCUAGUGCUAGCCUUAAGUCAGCUAAUAGCAACAUUGCCGGCAUUUGGCUCUGUAUACUACGAUCCCUUAUGGGCUAUGAUAACAUUGGGCUGCAGUUAUUUCUUCGCUGAGAUGUGGUUCGGCAUUGUAUUUGCGAUUGUGGUAGAAAUAGUGCCGCUGCAGGUGCGCUCAUCAACAAUCGGCGUGUUCUUGUUUGUGAUGAACAACGUUGGUGGUAAUUUGCCAAUUCUGCUCGACCCCAUAGCCAAGAUAAUCGGUUUCCGAGAGGCGUUUAUGAUUUUCUACGCAGGCUUCUAUGGCAUAAGCUCAGUGCUGUUCCUCAUCACCUGCUUCUUGCUGGAGGGCAAACCAAAGGACAAAGAUUCUAGCACAGCGCAAGGUGAGCAAAAGAUCGAUAGCCUGGAGGCACACACACGUCAAAUGCGCGGUCAUGACAACUCUGUAUUCACCGUUGAUGAUACACUGCCACAUAAUGGACGUCCCGCGGUAAUUCCACAGCAUCUGCAAUUAUCGAGCAAUGGACGCGAUAAGUACGCGCCUGCAACGCGUGAAAGCAGCAGACUGUGAAGUUAGUUGCGAACCCAACGACAUAGGCGAAAAUGGGCCUAAGUUUUCUGAUACAUUCAUAUACAUAAUAUGUAGAUUAUGAUCAUGAUAAAAAAA